AUGGACGGCACCUCUGCCCCUAUCACUAAAUCUAGAGCUGCCAGGUUAAUUAAGAGAAAUUUCCUGGAGGCUCUAAAGUCAAAUGACUUCGGAAAAUUGAAGGCCAUUUUAAUCCAAAGGCAAAUAGACGUGGACACAGUUUUCGAAGUUGAAGAUGAGAAUAUGGCUUUGGCAUCUUAUAAACAAGGUCAUUGGUUGCCUAGUUAUAAAUUAAAGUCUUCCUGGGCAACAGGCCUGCAUCUCUCGGUCUGGUUUGGUCAUGUGGAAUGUCUCCUGGUGCUGCUAGACCACAAUGCUACAAUCAACUGUAGACCCAAUGGGAAAACACCGCUUCACGUGGCUUGUGAAAUGGCCAACCUGGAUUGUGUUAAGAUCCUCUGCGACCGCGGCGCAAAGCUCAAUAGCUACUCUUUAAGUGGACACACAGCUUUGCACUUCUGUACGACUCCAAGCUCCAUUCUCUGUGCCAAGCAGUUGGUUUGGAGAGGGGCCAACGUGAAUAUGAAGACCAACAACCAAGAUGAGGAGACGCCCUUGCACACAGCUGCCCACUUUGGCCUCUCAGAGCUGGUGGCCUUCUACGUGGAGCACGGGGCCAUCGUGGACAGCGUAAAUGCCCACCUGGAGACCCCGCUGGCCAUCGCGACCUACUGGGCCCUGCGCUUCAAAGAGCAGGAGUACAGCCAGGAGCACCACCUCAUCUGCCGCAUGCUGCUCGACUCCAACGCGGAGGUCAACGCCCGGGACCACGACUUUAAAUCUCCCCUCCACAAGGCGGCCUGGAAUUGCGACCACGUGCUCAUGCACAUGAUGCUGGAAGCCGGGGCCGAAGCCAACCUCAUGGAUAUCAACGGCUGUGCUGCCAUCCAGUAUGUGCUGAAGGUCACAUCCGUGCGCCCAGCUGCCCAGCCCGAGAUCUGCUACCAGCUGCUCUUGAACCACGGGGCCGCUCGCAUAUACCCUCUGCAGUUCCACAAGGUGAUUCAGGCUUGCCAUUCUUGUCCGAAAGCAAUCGAAGUGGUAGUCAAUGCCUAUGAACACAUCAGGUGGAACGUGAAGUGGAGAAGAGCCGUCCCUGACGAUGACUUGGAGAGAUACUGGGAUUUUUACCACUCUCUGUUCACUGUGUGCUGUAACUCUCCAAGGACUCUCAUGCAUUUAUCGAGAUGUGCCAUUAGAAGAGCGUUACACAGCAGAUGCCACAGAGCAAUUCCUUUGCUUUCUCUCCCAUUGUCAUUGAAAAAGUACUUGCUUUUAGAGCCAGAGGGAAUCAUUUAUUAA